AUGAUUUGCUUAGACAAAUCUUAAAGAGUUUCAUAGGGAAGAUCGUAAGAAAAGAGAAGUACCUAACAACAUUGAUACCAUGGAUAAAAGAAGCUUAGCUGAGAAAAGAGAAGUACCUAACAACAUUGAUACCAUGGAUUAUAGAAGCUUGGUUGAGGAAAUCCGCACUUACUUGCAGUGUAAAAAGUAUGUACUCAUUCUAGAUGAUGUUUGGAGUACUGAUGUACUGGACAAUAUAAAGAAUGCACUUCUGAAUAGUAAUAGCAAGAGUAGAAUAGUUCUCACAACAAGGAUUCGCGAUGUAGCUCUAUUAGCAAACGAGAAUCAUAUGUUUGAGCUAAAGCCACUGCAAGCAGAUGAUUCGUGGGAUCUGUUUUGUAAAAACGCAUUUUGGAAAAGUGCAAACAAGAUUUGCCCACCGCCUUUAGAACAAUGUGCUAAAAGAAUUGUCGAGAAGUGCGGUGCCUUGCCCCUUGCUAUCGUAUCUAUAGCUCGUCUCUUAUCAUUUCGAGAACAAACCAGUUCUGAAUGGGAGAAGGUUUACAAAGAUCUUGAGUGGUAUCUAACUAACAACGAAUCGAAGCUCCAUGGCAAAGUACAUGACAUUUUGAAACUUAGUUUGGACGAUCUUCCCCAUUACCUUCAAAACUGCUUCUUAUAUUGUUCAAGCUUUCCGGAAGACUAUACAAUUGAAAGUGACAGGCUCAUAAGGCUUUGGGUGGCUGAAGGGUUCAUUGAAGAAAGAGAACGAAUGAUGGAGGAAGUGGCCGAGGACUACCUUAACGAACUUGUUCAUCGCUGUCUACUACAAGUGGCUGAGUGGAACGAAGUUGGUAGAGUUUAUGCAUAUCGAAUGCAUGACAUCAUUCGAGUCCUCGCUCGUUCGGAGUCAAAGGAGUUAAGUUUCUGCAUGGUUUGUGAGCAUUCAAGGACAAUAUUGCAGGGAUACAAAGCACGACGCUUGUCAAUCCUAAGCGAUAUAACUGAAUAUUGUACUGAAGACAAAUCUCAUUUGCGUUCAGUACUUGUUUUCAACAAUUCCAUGAGGAAUGAUUUACUGAAGUCGGUCUUAAGAUCAUCAAAAUUUUUACGUGUCUUGGAACUACAAGGAGCGCCAAUUGAGAAAGUUCCGAGUGAAAUCUGUAACCUCUUCAACCUGCAUUAUCUUGAUGAAAGUGAAAUAGGAAAGCUGCUGAAGGGAAUAACGAGGCUUCAUAAGUUGGGACACCUAGUUUUAUCAGAAUAUGUUGGCCAGGGCAUCAAGGCACCUGUUGGAAUAUGGCGCUUGAAGGGCUUGCAGACUUUAGGAUCUAUUGAAGCAACUAGGAAGAUUGUGCGGAAUGUAGAAGCUUUGACCGAGUUGCGGACAUUUGCGAUAACCGGCCGCUGGCACAUCUUCGUUCUCACCAUCACGUGCGACAGCGAGCACCACCUCGGCCACGAACUCAUCGCCUUCGUUUGCUCCGUCCUCACCCGCGCCUGCUCCAAUUCCUCCUCCUUCAGCGCCGGUGUCGGUGCCGGCACCAGCAGUGGCGGAGACGGUGGCGGAGGCAGAGAAAGAGGAGGCGGCAACGAAAUUCCUAUGGUGGAGGCUGUGAUAAGCUCAUUAGUCCUAAAGAUAGGUGCUGCUUUAGCUAUUGAAACAACUAAAUCAGCAGCAUCACUAUUACUAACAGGGAUGUUAGCAAUGAAAGAACUCAUGAAGGAUAUAAGUGACAUUAAGGAUGAGCUUGAGAUCAUGCAAGCCUUCCUACGGAUCGCAGAAAGACUAAAAGAGAAGGAUGAGAGGGUUCUACUGACAGCAAUCAAGAGGUACAGAAAUAUAAAAUCUUGGCAUCACCUUAGCAAGAAACUUAAAGAUAUCAAAAUUGACCUCCAAAAGAUAAUGGAGAGAAGGACACGAUAUGAUACAAGAGGAAUGGAAAGUGAAGCAAAACCUCGAAUAGUUGUUGGCUGUAGCAAGAGUCGUGCAGAAUUAGCACAUUUUGUCAAGGAGGAUGACAUCGUGGGUAUUGACAAGUACAGGGACUUGUUGCUUGGAUGGUUAAAAGAUGAGGAUGAGCAGCAACAACAGCCCAUGAUAAUCUCAGUAUUGGGGAUGGGUGGUCUAGGGAAGACAACUCUCGUAACUCAUGUGUACAAAAUCAUCAAAGCUACCUUUGAUGCUUGUGCCUGGGUUGCUGUAUCUCAGAGUUACGAAACUCAUGAUUUGCUUAGACAGAUCUUAAAAGAGUUAUGUAGGGAAGGUCGUGAGAAAAGGAAAGCACCUAACAACAAUGAUACCCUGGAUUAUAGAAGCUUGGUUGAGACUAUCCGCACUCACUUGCAGUGUAGAAAGUAUUUACUCAUUUUGGAUGAUGUUUGGAGUACUAAUGUAAUGGACAAUAUAAAAGAUGCACUUCUGAAUAGUAAUUGCAAGAGUAGAAUAGUUCUCACAACAAGGAUUCGCGAUGUAGCUCUAUUAGCAAACGAGAACCGUAUGUUUGAGCUAAAGCCACUGGAGGCAGAUCAUUCGUGGGAUCUGUUUUGUAAAAACACAUUUUGGAAAAGUGCAAACAAGAUUUGCCCACCGCCUUUAGAACAAUGUGCUAAAAAAAUUGUCGAGAAGUGCGGUGGCUUGCCCCUUGCUAUCGUAUCUAUAGCCCGUCUCUUAUCAUUUCGAGAACAAACUGAUUCUGAGUGGGAGAAGGUUUACAAAGAUCUUGAGUGGUAUCUAACUAACAACGAAUCGAAGCUCCAUGAAAAAGUACAUGACAUUUUGAAACUUAGUUUGGACGAUCUUCCCCAUUACCUUCGAAAUUGCUUCUUAUAUUGUUCUAGUUUUCCGGAAGAUUAUCGAAUUGCGAGUAACAAGCUCAUAAGGCUCUGGAUGGCAGAGGGUUUCAUUGAAGAAAGAGAAAGAAUGAUGGAGGAAGUGGCCGAGGACUACCUUAAUGAACUUGUUCAUCGGUGUCUACUACAAGUGGCCGAGAGGAACGAAGACGGAAGCAUUCAUGCAUGUCGAAUGCAUGACAUCAUUCGAGUCCUCGCUCUUUCGAAGUCAAAGGAGUUAAGCUUCUGCAUGGUUUACGAGCAUUCACGGACAAUAUUGCAGAGAUCCAAAGCACGCCGCUUGUCAGUUCUAAGCAAUAUAACUAAUUAUUUUACUGAAGACAAAUCGCAUUUGCGUUCAGUACUUAUUUUCAACUAUUCCAUGAGCUAUGAUCUACUUAAGUCGGUCUUAAGAUCAUCAAAAUUCUUACGUGUUUUGGAACUAGAUGGAGCACUAAUCGAGAAACUACCAAGUGAGAUCUGUAACCUAUUCAACCUGCAUUAUCUAGGCUUGCGGGCAACAGGAAUUAAGGAGCUUCCGAAGGGAAUAACGAGGCUUCAAAAGUUGAGACACCUAGUUUCAACACUAUUCUGGGGCAUCAAGGCACCGGUUGGAAUAUGGCGUUUGAAGGGCUUGCAGACUUUAGGAUAUAUUAAAGCAACUAGGAGGAUUGUGCGGAAUGUAGAAGCUUUGACAGAGUUGCGGACAUUUGGGAUAACCUGCGUAAGAACCCAUCACUGUGCAGACUUGUGGAAUAGUAUCACUAAGAUGAACCAUCUUAGCUUUUUUUCUGUCAAAAGUGAACCUGGGCAAGAAUUACGGCAAUUGGACACCCUGCGCCUACCUCUGCGAAUUCAAAGUUUAUAUCUACAGGGUAAAUUAGACAAAACCUCAGUCUCUGAGCUUGCCGCGUCCUUUCGGUCUCUUACAAACCUAACCAGAUUAACACUUUCAGAGGCAAAAUUUGAUGAAGAUACAUUUCCUUACUUGCAAGCGCUGCCUGCGUUGAUGUUUCUCGAACUUUGUGGGGCAUAUGACGGCAUGAAGUUGCACUUCCAAGCAACAUCAUUCCCAAAGCUAAAGAAAUUGUACAUAUCAGGUGCCCAGAAGCUCAGUCAGGUGGAAAUAGAAAGAGGAGCAAUGGCAAGCCUGAAUACGCUUAAGCUACGCGGUUGCCCUGAGCUAAAGGAGCUGCCCCACGGCAUCGAGUACCUUACCACCCUUCAAGAUUUAAACAUUUGGCGUCCAGCAGAGGAACUUGUUGAGCUGCUUCUAGGAGGAGGAGGAGGAGGAGAAGGCGACCACAGCAAUGACUGGCGCACGAGGGUUCGCCACAUCCCGAAUUUUACCAUCUGGUUCGAACGACACGGCGAGUUUGUCACAGAAAGGAUUCAGUGAUUCCACAUCAUGUAGCUGAAUUAAUUAUUGCCAACCACCGAGCUUGAUGCUUCUAUAUUUUCCGCCUCGGAUCUCCUAGACAACCCACACUUAAGGAAACGAUGAUCUAGGGAUAGAUGUUAUCUUGUCUGCAUAUUUUAUUUUACUUGUAAUUAAUGCACAUAAAAGUGGAAAUAUCAAAUAUGAGUUGGUGUCUUCGGAAGGAGGAAUUCUACACUAUCACACUUGCACCACGUCAUCAAUAA